AUGCGCAACAUGAAGAGGCACUGGGAAGCAGGCAGCCGGCCACCGACACUCACUCCAUAUAAGGCACUGAUAUAUGCCAUCGUGCACGGCCACCAAGCUUGCGCACAAUACAAGUUCUUAGACGGUGCUCUUCACAUGACACGUGAGCAUGACUCCUGCUUUGAAUCAUAUCUUCCACACUUAGACAUAGCUAUCCGCUACCACAGGAAGGACAUAGUGCCUCUCAUUCUUCAUGCGGCACAUAAAAUCCAGACUCUAUGGUCCUACGUGAACCGAGGAGCAUGCAAACACCAGCAGGAGGGCAGAACUGCACUCCAUCUGGCAUGUGAUACGUCACAACCAGAGAUUGUCAUAAUGUUAGUGCGAAGUGGGGCUUCACCACAAGCUAAGACUCGUAAUGGUGUAACACCACUGGAUCUCAUUCUCAAAAAGCUACGGACCUCCAAAAGGAACACAAGUGCCAAGAUGUUGUGCCUGGAAAGGCUGCUCAUGUUCAUGCCUGAAGUGCAAUUCAAAAUGAAGAGCUCACUGAAAAAUGAUCCAGAGUACUGGUCCAAAGUUCUGGGACAGAAGAUGUUUAACUACUUGGUUGGAAGAAUUCCAGGGACACUCUUUCUCAUAGCUAUGUAA